GACCGCCCCUCAGCGGCUGGUCCGAGGGCUGGGUGUCCCCCUCUGACUUAAUGCAAUCCCGGUUCCUGGUCCCACGUACCGCGAUCCUGGGUUCCCGGGCCGCAGCCGACUGCCAGUGGCUUGGCCCCGCCGAGGCUCGGGAGCUCGCGGGUUCGUACCCACGGCUGCGAGGAGGGUUUCCCCAAACCGAGGCGCGGAAACGGGGUGCUCCGGCCUCCCGCCCGCUGCCCGCCAGUGCUUCGCCGUCGCAAACGCUGUGAGCCCUGCGCGAUGGGUGCCAACGAGGACCAGGAGAUGGAACUAGAAGCUUUACGUUCUAUUUAUGAAGGAGACGAAAGCUUCCGGGAAUUAAGUCCAGUUUCAUUUCAGUAUAGGAUAGGUGAAGAUGGUGAUCCCAAAGCCUUCCUAAUAGAGAUUUCCUGGACAGAGACGUAUCCCCAGACGCCGCCGGUCAUAUCCAUGAACGCCUUUUUUAACAACACCAUCUCCUCGGCUGUAAAGCAGAGUAUCUUAGCCAAACUACAGGAAGCCGUAGAGGUGAACCUCGGCACCGCCAUGACCUACACACUGUUCGAGUACGCCAAGGACAAUAAGGAGCAGUUCAUGGAGAACCACCAUCCCGGGAGUUCUACACCAACACCCAUAGCCAAGAUCAUCUCGGUUGAAACUCCCAGCCCAGCCCCAUCAAGUAAGAAAAAAGAUAAGAAAGAACAACUUUCCAAAGCUCAGAAACGCAAGAUGGCGGACAAAACAGAUCACAAAGGGGAGCUUCCUCGAGGCUGGAACUGGGUUGAUGUCGUGAAGCAUUUAAGCAAAACUGGCUCUAAAGAUGAUGACUAGCGCCCCCCUGCAGACGCAGCAAGAGCAUCCUUUGAACAGCAGCCUGGAUCAACAUGUCUCCUUACUUUUUCUGGUACCGAGUGGCUUUUUACAAGACAUGGUUCUUUUGUAUGUGUCUUUAAACAAUGUAAGUGGAAAGUCCAUGAAGCGAUUCGGUUGUGGUAAAUUAUUUUCACAAUCUUGCCUUAAUAAAAGGUGAAAGUGGAACCAUUUAGCGUACUUUCUGAAGCUGUGGAGCAUCAUUGGCAGUGGAUGGCUCUGAGGAAUGAGUCCAUGCUGACUUAACCAUCUGAUCCAAGCUUACAAACUGUCCGUUCAGUAGAGCCCAAUACGGAGUCUCUGGUAUUCCACAGCAUGACCCAUAGCAAUAGGUGUCUCCCCUCGAGUCCCCAUCCCUUCUGCUCAGGUGAUGAAGAGGAAGCUGCGUCAGCAGUCUGAGCACCGGUGUUGAGCUUUCUCAGAUUCCCCUGUAGUUCCUCGUCAUUUGUCAGCACUGAAUUACUUCUAUUAGCUACAUUUUUCUCGUGGUCUGAGUGAAGGUGUUGAGCAGGAGGGCUUUCGAUUCUAUAAAUAAUAAAAGACUGUCAGAAGAGAAUUGAGGGGCUGGGAAAGAGCUCAUGUGCAGGCAUGAGGACCCAAGUUCAGGUCCCCAGUACCCACAUACAAAGCCAGACAUGCACCCGACCCCCAGAGCUGGGGAGGCGGAGCAGAGACAGGAGGAUCUCUGGUGUUUGCUGGCCAGCCAGUUUGACUGCAUCGCUGAGCUGGUUCAGAGAGAGAUGCUGUCUCACAUAAAUACGCUAGAGAGCAAUAGAGGAGGACACAUAACAGAUCUCUGGCCCCAACAGGAAAGCACACGUGUGUGUGCAUCCAUCUGCGCGCACACACACACACACCAUACACCAAACAAAACAAAAACAACAAAUUUGCCAAAUACUUCGGAAAGCAUCUGAAUAAGUGCUAGCUCUUCUUUAAAAUAUUUCUCUUUGCUGCAUAUGCCAGGAUGAGUAUAAGAUGCCUUAAUAUUUGAUUUUUGUAUUGUUGGAGACAGUGGUUUUAAUAAAUUCCUAUUAUCCGCUAUUGUGAUGGUUUGUUGGUAACUAAAGUCUUUCGCUGGAUUCAGCAUACAACAGAUUUCAAAUCCUGAGGGUGGUGCUUGACUUUGGGGGGUGGGGGUUGCUCUUUGGUGGGUCUUUUAUUUGUUUGUUUUUAUAGUGUCUUCAAAUAUCCGAAUGUGUCUCCCAACCUCUGUAUCUUUUUAAUAAUAGACACACAAAUCUUUCACAUGCUGAACUGUUGUUAUACAUGCUUGGUUUUUAUUAGGAGAGGAGACUUGCUAUAGUUUUCCCUGGAAACUUACUGCUCUGUGUAUGUGAGUUAUGGUGAGUGUGUGUGCGUCAACGUCGUUAGAAUGCCAAGUUGUACCGUGUAGUGUAGACCAACAGUUAGCUUUUAAAGAAGUUACCUUAGCGUAAGAGCAGAUUAAGAGGUAGGAAUCCAUGGAUUUUCCAAGUUACCCUGGGCUUCAGUUAAAUCGAAUGAGCUGUAAAGUAAGUGUGCUUACACUGACAGAGUUUGCUCGUGUUUGAAAAGCUGACUCCCAUGUUGUCCCUUGGAGUGAUAUCGAAAUUGAAGACACCCAGACUGUGACAUCUUUUCUUUUCAAGGUCUUUAUGUGCAGUUUUUAUCGUCAUCUUGAUUUGUUUGAUUUUUUUUUUUUUUUUAAGAAACAUCUUGUAAUGGAAAAAAAGUGUUUGGUUCUGUUUUAAAGAUUAUUACCCUUGUCCAAGUUAUUGUGGUUCUUAGAUUGCAAAGAAUAAUGCUAGUUAAAUGCCAAUGAACUAUUUUUACUUUUUCUAUGACUUGUACAGAUCUCUGGGGCGGAUGGUGGUAAUGGUGCCUCCUGUUACCUUAUAUGAACACCUCCAUCAAUCUUGCCAUCAUCCCAUAAUGCUCCCAGUAUAUUUUCUCAGUCUAUUUACUCAAAAAUUGUAUGGAAUGACCUGACCAAUAAGCAAUAAAGUCUGAAUCAUAGUGA